GGCCCGACUGUACAGAGGAUAAAAGGCGAAGAGAUCUUCUUACUUAUCGCUCACUAUAACACACACAUUCUCCUCAUCCUUCAGCUUCAUCAACUCGCGAUCAAUCGUUUGAUCAUACAAUCUUACACUAUGCCUGUCGAAAAGGGAAACACGAUCUUUAUCGCUGAGAGCGAUAUUGCCGCCAACCCCGGCCCUGUCAACUGGCAACAGAACCUCUCCCAGAAGUCCGACACCUACUACAUGAGCAUCUUCACCAACAAAGACAAGAACGAUGAGCAGAGCUACAUUUUCAUCCAGCAAGGCAAGCUCGAUGCCUUGAAGGCUAAGUCAUCUGGUACUUCAUUCACUGUCCAAGUGGAUGAGUCUUUCCAGUAUGGUCAAAAGAACGCGCAAGGAGAAGGUCGUUUCUUGGUCUUCCACGACAAGUCCCGAAACCCGUACCAGUGGAGGUUUGUGUCGACCUUAUUUUCCAAGCUGGGUAAUGGCGCUCUCAAGGUCCUUGACCUAGCUCCAGUGCCUAGCACUGUCAAAGAUAUCGCCAAGUACUUCUCCGGAUUCAUUGGCGAUCCUCUGCGCAACUUCUAGAUAUGCUCUAGCGCAUUGGUCGGUUCUGCGCUCUUGUAAUGAGCACUGUUCUUUCGGUGACUGCUGUUAGAUCAGGUAGCAAUAGCAAAGCACAAUCCAUCAAUUUAUCCCGCACAAGCUGCAUCAUGGAACUCACCUGCUUCUGUUCAAAGCUUGGAUAGAACCCACGAACAUUUAAGAUAGUGAAAGCAGAGGAUAGUCGUACGCAGUUUCAAAGCCAUAGGGUGCAUAGCUAUGUGAUAUACUUGCGGUAGUGCAGAAGACUAGGCUAAUUCGAGUGCUGAAAUUGUCCUUCAUCGAUUCAGAGUCGCACGUAAGUCAACUGGUGAUCUGUAGGCGUUGGAAGAG